CAUAACCAGAGGUUUCUCUUCACAAUCAUGGAAGAGACGAAAGCUGAUUUGGAAUCUGAAGAUGGGAGAUCAAGAUUGGGUUCAAGAUCAAGAAGAAGAAGCUUGAGUGAUGUUCCUAAUGACUGUAGUACCCCUGGAUUCACUCCAUUGGCUUCUCCUCGUACGCUAAAGUCAUCAUCUCCUUUGGAGUCUUAUCCACACCAUGGAUUCAAUCCUCUGUUUGAAUCAGACGGUGAGCUUGAGUUUAACAAGUUCUUUAAGUCGUCUACUUCAUCACCUCCACCUAAAUUCAAGUUCUUGAGAGAUGCUGAAGAGAAGCUGAGGAAGAGAUUGAUUGAAGAAGCUAAAAGAAGAGAAGGCUUAGCUUCUCCAAAAUCGGAAGGUUCGUUUCUGAAGUUCAUGAAUCCUCCACCUGCGAUGAACAGAGAGAAGAAACAGAGUAUUAUUCAAGAAUCUGAUGAAACGGUGUCGUUUUCUCCUACUUGUUCUUCUUCUUCAUCAGGUAUAAAUCUUAGAAUGUUGUUAGACCAAAAAUCCACAGUGGUGGUUGUUUAGUAUUAUUAGCAUCUCUGUCUCUUCUUCUUCUCUACUCUAAUUUUUAUUUUUUGUUGAAAAUUUUUUUUCUCAAGAAUUUCAAUUUCUUUUU